AUGUCAUUUAAACGUGUAUGUGAUGGAUCAGGCAGCGAUUUACUCAAAAGUCUUGAGUCACAAAGGAUCAGAGAAUUACUUGGCAUUCAAAUACCAGAUGGUGAAGCUAAAUUGUUGUCCAAUGGGAAGUUGACUUGUAUGAUUUGUAUUCAAAGACCAAUUUUUGACACGAUUAAUGUGCUUUCAAUUCACAGAAAAGGAAAAAAACAUUUAAACGAACUUAGUAAAUAUUUGGAAAGAAAGGAAGAGUUAGAGUUAAUAAAGAUUAAGCAACAACAAAAAAAAUGCGUUCAGUCAUUUGGUGCUUCAAAAUUGUAUACUAGUUCUACAGAACGUAAAACAAAAUUAGAACUGCCAGCUGAUUCAGAUAAUUCUAAAGAAUCUUCUAUUGUUUCACGCUAUGUAUCUUCAAUGAAAAAAAAACCAUCUUUACAAGAUGUUAUAAACCGUGCUAGAAAACAUCCUUAUCAGCGACCGGUCUCUAAUUCACAUACUCCGGUGUCCAAAAAUACCUCAGAUAGCAUUCAAUCAAUACAGACUUCCAGCAGUAAAGAAAUUGAAAUUGGCUGGAUAAUUAAUUCUGACGGAUCAUGGUCUAAGGAUCCACAAGCUGAAUUUGAUUCUGAUGAUGACUGGUAA